AAACCUUCAUCUCACUAAUUUUUCAUAUAGUACCUCUUUUCAUUGCUUCAAGAGGAGGUAGCCUUAUUAGCUACAAAAUCUUUGAACCAUGGCAAAACAUUCUUUUGCCAUUGUUUUGAUUCUUCUCUUGAACUUGAGCACCUUGCUCAAUAUUGUUCUUGCUUGUCCUUAUUGUCCCUACCCUGCUCCUUCUAAGCCUCCAAAGCACCCUAUUGUGAAGCCUCCGGUUCACAAACCGCCACAACACCCUCCAAUAGUGAAGCCCCCUGUUCAUAAACCGCCACAACAUCCUCCUAUAGUGAAGCCACCAGUUCAUAAACCACCAAAGUACCCUCCAUCUCAUGGCCCGGAACCAUGUCCACCACCCAAGCCAUCACCAAAACCACCUCACUAUCCCAAGCCUCCAGUGGUUAAACCACCUCAUGUGCCAAAACCACCAGUUGUGAAACCACCCCAUGUUCCAAAACCACCAAUUGUGAAACCACCUUAUGUGCCAAAACCACCCCAUGUUCCCAAACCACCAAUUGUGAAACCUCCUUAUGUGCCUAAACCACCAGUUGUGAAACCACCACCUUAUGUUCCUAAGCCACCAGUUGUUUCUCCACCUUAUGUGCCAAAACCACCUGUUGUACCAGUUACACCGCCAUAUGUGCCUAAGCCACCGGUUGUACCGGUGACACCACCUUAUGUGCCAAAACCACCCAUUGUGAAACCACCCAUUGUUUACCCUCCACCUUAUGUUCCAAAACCUCCUAUUGUGAAACCACCAAUUGUUUACCCUCCACCUUAUGUUCCAACACCUCCUAUUGUGAAACCACCAAUUGUUUACCCUCCACCUUAUGUUCCACUACCCCCAGUUGUACCAUCACCACCUAUUGUUACACCACCUACACCAACCCCACCGAUUGUUACACCACCUACACCAACACCUCCCGUGGUUACACCACCAAGCCCUCCUACGGAAACCCCGUGUCCACCACCACCUCCGGUGGUGCCGUCUCCUCCACCGGCGCAGCCGACAUGCCCUAUUGACACCUUGAAACUGGGUGCGUGUGUGGAUCUUUUGGGAGGUCUUAUACACAUUGGGAUUGGAGGGAGUGCCAAACAGACUUGUUGUCCAGUGCUUGCAGGGCUUGUGGACUUGGAUGCUGCGGUGUGCCUCUGCACCACCAUUAGGGCUAAGCUUCUUAACAUCAAUAUCAUCAUCCCCAUUGCUCUGCAGCUUCUUCUUGACUGUGGCAAGACUCCCCCGGAUGGGUUUAAGUGUGCCGCAACUUAAUGUAUUUAAUUACAAAGGUAGAACCGCAUCACUUUUGCAUGGAAUAAUUUCAUAACAAUGUUAAAGAGGUAGUGAAGAAAUUGUCAUUGUUACUCGUUCAUCAUGUUGUAUACCAAAGGCCAAAAAACAUAAAUGUACUAGGAGGGAAAUUGUGUAACUAGGGCAGACUCUCUGCUAGCUCUAUUAUUAUGCCAUGGCUUUAUUUUCUUUGUCUCUUUGUUUCUCUUUGUUUCCAUUGCGUGUUUUGCAUGUCAGUGACUCAGCGUGUGUGUAAGUCCACCCGUGAGUCCUUUGGGAAGUGUACAAUUUGCUGAUUUAGAUGUUCUUCAAUAUAGUUACGCGCUUUUCCUUUGA